AGCAACACUGUUUACAGCAAGUUUUGCUUCUCAAAAAAACAUUCACAUAUUACCAUCGGUGUGCCACCACCUGCCGAAUAACUGCGUGCUGUUUUGGUGCGAGGCUUCGGGAUCUUAUGGUUUCGUCAAGCUAUUAUGCAAAGAUAUCAAGCACGAUAAGAACACACAUAAUGGCCAGCGAAAAUUCGACACCGGCCGACUAUUCGGCACUAAUUGGCGAGGAUGGAAAAAACAAAACAAACGUAAAGUGUGUUCACUGUGGAUCCUUAAUCCUGAAACCGGCCAACAGUGAUUUCGACGGUACAGAGUUCCAACUCCCGCUGGCCAAACAAAAACGCCAAACCGCGGACAAGGAGGACGAGUUUACGAGCGAAACGUUGAAAGACUUCUGGAUGGUGGAGAAUAUGUACACGUUCGAAAACAUUGGCUUCAGCAACACGGUCAACAAUCGUAAAUAUCUUACCUGUGCGGAUUGUGAACUUGGCCCGAUUGGAUAUCACGAUUUGGAGACGAAGAAAUCCUACAUUGCUCUUGCCCGUGUGCAGCACGCGUGAGGUGGUGGUCGGGUGUGAUUGUGAAGCCAGUGUAGACGGCGACGUCCCAUAAUAUGUUAACCUCACAGCGAUGCAUUUGUUUGUGGAUAAGCAGUCCUCAAAUAAAAAAAAACGACACGAUACUUAUUUUGUAACUAUAUAAUUGUCUCCCCACUUUUGUCCUAUUGCAAAAUUUGGUUCUUUGCAUUUAGAAAUGGCUGUAGUUUGAUGAACGGUAUUUCUAAAUGAUAGGAAUAUUAGAGUACUUCCGAUGCGAUCCGUAAUAACAAGAUGAAGAA